AUGAGCUCUUCGGACCGCAACGACUCCCCCGAGACUCCCGACUCUUCUGGCGCUGGCACACCCUCCAACUCGAACCGAGCCUCUGCCUCGUACAUCUCCAAUAUGUGGACCGGCCUCAUCCGCCGCUUCUCCAGCGAUUUCCCCAGCCAGGCCGACACCGCCUACGAUGAGGACCCCAAGCACCAACAGAACGGCAAGGACGGCAUCAACGGUGUCUUCACCCCCGUGCGCCGCACCGCUAGUCCUCUGCGCCCACCACCCCUCGACCCUCUUAUUCUCCACGGCUACCGCGAGAGCACGCCCGUCUCGGCCAAGCUGCUGACGGGCGCCGUCGCUGAGGAGAUCCGCGCCAUGAUCCCCGAACGGCUGCGCAUCGUCGACGACUGGCACCUCAUCUACAGCCUCGAGCAGGACGGUGCGAGCCUGGCGACGCUGUACCAGAGGUGCCGGCAGUACGAGGGCAAGCGAGCGGGCUUUGUCCUAGUUGUCAAGGAUCUUGAAGGCGGGAUCUUUGGCGCAUACCUAUCCGAAUAUCCUCACCCGGCGCACUCGUACUUUGGAAACGGCGAGUGCUUCCUCUGGCGCGCCUCAACUCUUGCGCCGCUUCCUCUUCCACCCUCGGCCGACACGACAGACGUCAACACGCGAAACACGACGCUCGCCCCGCCGGCUUCGUCAGAGGGUACCACGCCCACGGGCUCGCGUGCGCCGUCCCCCGCGCCGAGUGAGGCAGUUCGGUUCAAGGCGUUCCCCUAUAGCGGGCUAAACGACUUUUGUAUGAACUGCGAGACGGGCUUCCUGAGCGUCGGGUCCGGCGGCGGACACUACGGGCUCUGGUUGGACAACGGGCUCGAGGUCGGGCACAGCUCCCGGUGCGAGACGUUUGGCAACGAGCCGCUGAGCGAUGAAGGAACCAAGUUUGGCGUCAUUGGCGUCGAACUUUGGGUCAUGGGAGUGUAA